AUGGCUCUUUCUGAGACGUGGGUACAGUUUGUAAUGGCCGCCACUCUUCCCUGCUCCACAGACCGGGCCAGCAUCCAGGCCGCCGCCCUGCCUGGCACUGACGGCUGUCUGGCCUCCCCGAGGGUCCCAGCAGGACUGGACGCGGCGUGUGCUGGCGGGAGUGGUGCUGUGGUGGAGGCCGUGAGGCCGGGCAGCUGCAUGAAUGGCCGGCAGCAACAGCAGCAGCAGCAGCAGCAGCAGCAGCAGCAGCAGCAGCCAGCCUCAGGUGUGGGGAGGCACAGGUAUGGUGGCAAGAAUCACCUGGAGGCAGGCAGCUCUGUCCACAGAGGAGAGAGCAAGUUUGAGUGCCAGCAGUGUGACAAAACUUUUGUAUCCAGACAAGGCCUUGACUACCACACCCUGACACACAGUGGUGUUAAAAAUUAUGAGUGUGGUGAGUGUAGCAAGAAAUUUACAAGUAAGUCUAACCUCAACACACACACCCUGACACACAGUGGUGUUAGAAAUUAUGAGUGUGGUGAGUGUAGCAAGAAAUUUACAAGUAAGUCUAACCUCAACACACACACCCUGACACACAGUGGUGUUAGAAAUUAUGAGUGUGAUGAGUGUGGGAAGAAAUUUACCCACAAGUAUUCCCUCACCUCACACACCCUGACACACAGUGGUGUUAGAAAUUAUGAGUGUGGUGAGUGUGGGAAGAAAUUUACCCACAAGUCUCACCUCACCUCACACACCCUGACACACAGUGGUGUUAGAAAUUAUGAGUGUGGUGAGUGUGGGAAGAAAUUUACCCACAAGUCUUCCCUCACCAGACACAUCCUGACACACAGUGGUGUUAGAAAUUAUGAGUGUGAUGAGUGUGGGAAGAAAUUUACCCACAAGGGUAACCUCACCAGACACACCCUGACACACAGUGGUGUUAGAAAUUAUGAGUGUGAUGAGUGUGGGAAGAAAUUUACCACCAUUUCUCGUCUCAAUGAACACGCCUUCAGACACACUGGGGUGAGGGAGUUCGAGUGUGAUGUUUGUGGCAAGUGUUUCAAGACAAAGGGUGAGAUUGCCCAGCACGUGAAGAUCCACUUCUGAGGUGGUGGUGUGUGGACACAUGGGGCCACACCUGUACCUGUGGUGGUGGUGGUGGUGGUGGUGGCCGUUCCUGUGAGGGAGUCAUGGCCCCAGAAGUUUUGUGUGGUGGUGGUGGUGGUGGUGGUGUGGGGGAGUCAUGGCCCCAGCAGUUUUGUGUGGUGGUGGUGGUGUGGGGGAGUCAUGGCCCCAGCAGUUUUGUGUGGUGGUGGUGGUGGUGGUGUGGGGGAGUCAUGGCCCCAGCAUUUGUUUUGUUGGCAGUGCAGGUGUGACUUUCAAUAAAUGUGUGUGUGCAGUAAACCUUUGUUUGUGUAUUCACCAGGUGUAGUAUACAGGGCCUCAGCUACAGGAAUAUAUUGUAGUGAGGCAGCCCCUCUCUCUCUCCUUGCCUCAAGUGUUUGUGUAUUCACCAGGUGUAGUAUACAGGGCCUCAGCUACAGGAAUAUAUUGUAGUGAGGCAGCCCCUCUCUCUCCUUGCCUCAAGUGUUUGUGUAUUCACCAGGUGUAGUAUACAGGGCCUCAGCUACAGGAAUAUAUUGUAGUGAGGCAGCCCCUCUCUCUCCUUGCCUCAAGUGUUUGUGUAUUCACCAGGUGUAGUAUACAGGGCCUCAGCUACAGGAAUAUAUUGUAGUGAGGCAGCCCCUCUCUCUCCUUGCCUCAAGUGUUUGUGUAUUCACCAGGUGUAGUAUACAGGGCCUCAGCUACAGGAAUAUAUUGUAGUGAGGCAGCCCCUCUCUCUCCUUGCCUCAAGUGUUUGUGUAUUCACCAGGUGUAGUAUACAGGGCCUCAGCUACAGGAAUAUAUUGUAGUGAGGCAGCCCCUCUCUCUCCUUGCCUCAAGUGUUUGUGUUUCCGUUUCUUUUUGUCUCCCUUCACAUGUUAGGUUAUGUUAAGUCUGGCACCAUCUUUGCCUCUCUCUCUCUCUCUCUCUCUCUCUCUCUCUCUCUCUCUCUCUCUCUCUCUCUCUCUCUCUCUCUCUCUCUCUCUCUCUCUCUCUCUCUCUCUCUCUCUCUCUCUCUCUCUCUCCAGGUGAUGGAGCACACAAGUGUAGCAGCUAACAGUUUCUGUGUAAUUGUCGUGGUGGUGACUUUCCUCCUCAUGUUCUUGUCCUGGAAGGGAAAGGUUGCCCUCGUGUUCCUCACCAUCCUGUUGUGUCACCAACCGUGUUGUCUGUGUGCUUGUUUGGUGAUGACUGGCCCUGUAUCACUGCGCCCUCAUAUCUGCUCCUUCACUGCUGCCAGCUGUGCCCGUGGUCAUGAUGACGGUGGUGAUGGUGAUGAUGAUGGCGAGCGAGACAUUCAAAGGAGGGCGUGCACGUGCAUGGUGGUGAGCAGGUGAUGAUUGGAGAGGCACAGAACGUUCAGGAUGGAGGAGGAGGAGGAGCAGGAGUCUUUGUGUAUAGGAAGGAGAGGAAUGUAAGAGGAGAAAAGAUAGAUGUAGGCAGCUCUGUCAUGAGAGAAGGCGGCAGAGUGCACAGGCCACCCUGGAAUGUCGUGAAAGGCUUGCGGUGGUCGUGGUGUGCGUGAAGGGGGAGGGUGAGAGGGCAGGCAGAGACAACACCAAGAGUUAACCAGUGUUCUCGUUCAUUCUUCCCUUUCUCAGGUAAACUGUGGAACUCCCUGCCUGCUUCUGCAUUUCCUCCUUCGAAUGGCUUCAAGUCUUUCAACGAGGGGGAGGCUCAAGACAUCGUUUUAUCUAUUUUCAUUUUUCUCAUUUCAUUUGGCUCCUCUACAGGAACUGGCAUUAAGUUGGCUUUUUUAUUCAAUUUUUUUGUUGUCCUUUUCCAACAGCCCUCUUACAUUAAAAGAAAAUAACUAAAUAAUAAUAAGAAAAGCCAGUGUCACGGGGUGGCAAAACCACGCUACCUGGAGACAAUGUGCAUGGCGUGCCAGGUGUACCAAUGGAAGGAGUAUUGAGGCAGUGAAGGAGUCCCUGGAGACAAUGUGCAUGGCGUGCCAGCUGUAGCAAUGGAAGGAGUAUUGAGGCAGUGAAGGAGUCCCUGGAGACAAUGUGCAUGGCGUGCCAGCUGUACCUGUUACUGUGUGUAAAGCGUAUGUACCUCAUGUGAUUAUUCCUCGGCAUAUAUAAGUGAAAUGUUCAAUAGUUUUCUAUUUGCAUGAAAACGUGUAAUAUGUGUGAGUAUCAGUAUUUAAUGCUAUAUUAAGCACCGAAGCCGAUGCUCACUUGUUGGUAGUGUGGGGUUAACCUGCUAGUCGCCUUCGGGCAUCACUCACGGCCAAGUCGCGCUCAGACAAAGACGGGCAGGAUGGUGACCGAGGUAAAUACUUUAAUUUUGUAGUAAAAACUGAUUGUCAUAGUGCUAAGUCAAUUGCAUGUAUUGUUAAUGAAUAUUGUAAUAUGUUGAAAGUGUUUAAUAUCAGUGUAUAAUGUUAUUUUGUAAGAAAUUGAGACCGAGAACUUGUUCGCAGUUCUUACGGUCAUGCCUACCUCAUCAAUAAACGUCAGAGAGAGAA